UUAUUUAAUAGUUUUCCACGUGUGUAUAACUGUAUCUUUGUCAUAUUUUCAGUUUGCAGCAGAUCAAGUCUGAUUUCCACGUUGGCAGAGCAAUGAAAAUUCAAAACUGGAUCACUGUUGUCACAUAGCGCAGCCCAUACAAGACGGGAACCUUAUUUACAGCCAAAAGUGGUGUUUUUGCAGUAAUGCUUCUCCGCGUAUGCUGGAAGCUCAUGUUUCUGAAACCGCAAGAGAGACAAGGUAGCCAUCUGAAAGAAUGCUUCCUUGUUAAUCAGCAUUGCCUCAGGCUGCAUCCCAAUGAAGAACUGAACAAGCAAAUUCUAUUAAAGGAGGCAGCCAUGAAUAUGCUCAACCUUGAAAUACAUUGUGUAUAGCUCGUCGUGGGGUAGGAGGAUAGCUCAAUGCCCUACUUAAUGUUCAAAGGUUUGAGAAAUGAGACAAAAAUGGUAGGUCUGCCAUCAAGAAACUGGAUGAAAAUUUUGAAAAUCCUCUGUUCUGGGUCUAUUGCAGGUCUGAUACACACUUGAGUGAUCACAGUAACUGCUGGAUAUUCAGUAUUCAGUCCAAUAUUUUUGAAGUGAUUGAUCCAUUUGGGACUCAAAAGUUAUAGGAGUGUUUGGAUUAGUUGUUUUGAUACAAUUGCUAGCUAAUAGUCAAUAUUUAAUGGUUAAUAAUUAUUAUUAUUUAUAAUGUAAAGUAUAUGAACCGUUUAAUUAGAGUGAAUAAAUGAUAGUUAUUUUC